AGAGAGAGACAAAAACACAAACCAAAUACAUAUAUUUGGUUUUCAUUGCAGCAGGUCUCCCAAUAAGCUUGCUCUUCAAUAUAAUGAACAUGAAGAAGAUUUCAUGCGCUGUCAUUGUCACCGCCGCCUCUAUGAGCGCAGUCAUGGCCGCUGAAGGCCCAGCUUCCUCCCCGGGGUUAGAUUCUGCCCUGGGCUCGGGUCCUGCACCGAGUCCAGCUAGCAGUGCUGCAAUCGCAACAUUGCCUGUUUUUGGAUCCUUGGUUGGAGCCUCCCUUGUUUCUUUCUUUUCUUACUAUUUGCAUUAAGCCUUAAAUAUCUUUGAAACC